AUGACUACUGUACCUGCAACCUAUGAACAUGCCAUUGGCAAUAAUAAGAACGAUAUGGGUAAGUCUGCGAAAUACAUUGCAGAGAGUGUUCAGCAUUUUAUUACACUUAUGGAUACAUUACAAUUAAACCGAUAUGCGGUGGAUGAACUUCAUCCUAUCCUUGCAGACUUGAUCCAAUCGCUAAAUAAAUUGAUUACCUUACAUUCAAUGAAAGCAAGUGAUAGGAUUACAGAGGAACAAGCAAGGCAGAUGCUCUUUGAAAUGGAACAAUUACAUAUAGAGUUUUACAGGUUACUCAGUGGAGAACACAAAGAUACUAUACCACAGUAA